ACCACUUCCUCCCCAGACAGAGGGAGCGAGGCCGGGCACAGCCUUCCUGUGUGGUUUUUACCGCCCAGAAAGCGUCAUGGACCUGGGGAAACCAAUGAAAAGGGUGCUGGUGGUGGCUCUCCUUGUCAUUUUCCAGGUUUGCAUGUGUCAAGAUGAGGUCACAGACGAUUACAUCGGAGACAACACCACGGUGGACUAUACUUUGUUCGAGACUUUGUGUUCCAAGAGGGAUGUGCGGAACUUCAAAGCCUGGUUCCUCCCUGUCAUGUACUCCUUCAUUUGUUUCGUGGGCCUACUGGGCAACGGGCUGGUCGUGUUGACCUAUAUCUAUUUCAAGAGGCUCAAGACCAUGACCGAUACCUACCUGCUCAACCUGGCGAUGGCAGACAUCCUCUUCCUCCUGACCCUUCCCUUCUGGGCCUACAGCGCCGCCAGGUCCUGGGCCUUCGGUGUCCACUUGUGCAAGCUCAUCUUCAGCAUCUACAAGAUGAGCUUCUUCAGCGGCAUGCUCCUACUUCUUUGCAUCAGCAUUGACCGCUACGUGGCCAUCGUCCAGGCCGUCUCAGCUCACCGCCACCGUGCCCGUGUCCUCCUUAUCAGCAAGCUGUCCUGUGUGGGCAUCUGGAUCCUGGCCACGGUGCUCUCCAUCCCAGAGGUCCUGUACAGCGGCCUCCAGAGGAGCAACAGUGAGCAAGCGAUGCGAUGCUCUCUCAUCACGGAGCACGUGGAGGCCUUUAUCACCAUCCAGGUGGCCCAGAUGGUGAUUGGCUUUCUGGUCCCCCUGCUGGCCAUGAGCUUCUGUUACCUCGUCAUCAUCCGCACCCUGCUCCAGGCGCGCAACUUCGAGCGCAACAAGGCCAUCAAGGUGAUCAUCGCCGUGGUGGUGGUCUUCAUCGUCUUCCAGCUGCCCUACAACGGGGUGGUCCUGGCCCAGACGGUGGCCAACUUCAACAUCACCAGCAGCAGCUGCGAGCUCAGCAAGCAGCUCAACAUCGCCUACGACAUCACCUACAGCCUGGCGUGCGUCCGCUGCUGCGUCAACCCCUUCCUGUACGCCUUCAUCGGCGUCAAGUUCCGCAACGACCUCUUCAAGCUCUUCAAGGACUUGGGCUGCCUCAGCCAGGAGCAGCUCCGGCAGUGGUCUUCCUGUCGGCACGCCCGGCGUUCCUCCAUGAGCGUGGAGGCCGAGACCACCACCACCUUCUCCCCAUAGGCGGCUCUUCCGCCUGGACUAGAGGGAGCUCUCCCAGGGCCCCUGGGGUGGGGACAGGGAGCAGAUGCAUUGACUCAGGACAUCCCCCCGCCAAAAGCUGCUCAGGGAAAAGCAGCUCUCCUCCCAGAGUGUGAGCCCAGGCUCCAGAAGGUAGCUUCACCCCAACCCCAGCUACCUCAACCGACGCUGAAAAGAGACAGGGCUGAUAAGCUAACACCAGCCGGGCAACACUGGGAGGCAGAAGCUACUGUGCCCCCAACCAAAGGCCGAAAGUCCAGAAACGGUUCCCACGUGCCAGAGUGAAGGGCCGAGGAGGAUGAGCGCGGGGCUGUGGGGCGGCCUGGUGAGUCCUCUGAAUGAACCUUCCUCCGGCCUCCCGGAGGCUCAAAGGCUCAGGCCCCGCUUCCGAAAACCAGGCCCUGUCUCCCAGACCAGAGACGGUGGGGAGACUUGGCUUGGUGAGGAAAAGCGGACAUGAACCGGUCAGACGAGCUCUCUGCACCCCUCCCUCCAUGGUUUUCUCCACCGUCCUCCAAGCUGGCAGGAACGGCAGCGGCCAUGGCGCCCUGCGAGCACACUCACGCCCUCGCUUGGCUUGCCGCGUCGCCCUCCUGGGCUCCUGACUGAGAGCGUGGUGCUUCCCACAGACCAGGCCGGCUGCCUCCGCUGACCAAAGCCACACUCUGGGCUCCAGAGUGGGGACGGCACGCAGUGGCGGCUCCACUGGGGUGGGAGGAGAGGACAGGGGAAAUGGCAGGGCCCGGGAGGGCGACAGUGGCUGCCCAAGGCCCACAAGCUUCUUCAUUGUUCCUUGUCACAGGGACUGAAAACCUCUCCCGGUGUUCUGCUUUCAACCCGUUAAGAGAGCAAUAUGUUACUCACACAAAUAAAGUUUUCCCUUGAGGAAACAACGCUUUAAAGAAAAGGAAAACAAAAGUCUUUGGUAAAUGGCAAACGAGUGUGUCCUUGUUUUGCAAUCCCCACGCCCCACCUGCCCAUCCCCUCUCCCCUCCUCCCUGCCCUCCCCCAGACCUCGUUUCUUAGAGAUGCUCAGAACCACAGGUCGCUCAGGGGUGCUCUGAGCAUGUCCACUGACACAGGACCAAGAGGCUGAAAGGCAGGAGGAGGCUAAGGACAGGAGGUCCAUCUUGCAAAUGCUCUUCCAGAGUUCGUGGGAUAGGCCCCACGCCCGCAGCCAGCACUGAACUGGACAUGCUGAUCUGACUGCAGCUUUGGGAAGGCCAAGUUGUCUGGGUAACCUCGACGCCUGGGGACGCUGCAGCUAGCGGCUCCUGAACAGUGGCCUGCUCACCUGUCUGUCCCAGCUCAGCCCAGAACUAGAGCCCCUGACCUUUUGUCAGCCCUUUGACUCUGAAACCUGGGGUUUAGAGGGAGGGCCUUUCUGUGGGCUCAGAGUGAGAUGUUGAUCACCAUCUGCGGAAGUCUGACCUGCAGACCCUGACUAAACGCAGAUGAAUGAAUGCACUGACUCAGCAACUGGAUGAAUGAAUGCACUGACUCAGCAACCAGAUGAAUGAAUGCACUCUCACACCAUUACAGUGUUUCCAGUGGGCUAGGGAUGGCCUUGACUGCUUUCAAAGGGCAAAACGCAACCAAUCAACCCAAACCGUCUGUCUGUUCACACUUUUAUUCAUAACAGAGGCUCUAAGUCAACACACUUGUGGAUAAUUAGCAUGGUUAAAAGAGUGGUUAUAUGAAUGAUCAAAGCUUUAGGUUCCAGGCCCAGAGU